UUUUGAUUUAUUUAAGAUUUAUUCAAGCAAUUGCAUUAUUGCUGCGGUGUUCUUAUUAAACAAAAAUCAAAAAAAAAAGUGUCAUUAAAAAAAUGUUACAAGACGAAAGCUUCCCACAUGAUGAAAUUUUGGCCGAGACGACGUUUAUGCAAAAUGUUCAACUUAUAGACAAAUCAACAAAUGAACGACCAACAUCGGCUUUGAGCAGUAAUUCUGCAAAGAGCGACCCAACUGGCUUGGCAGAAAAUACACCGGCCAAUCAAAAUUGUGGGCAGAACAAAGCUGUUUCCUACAAUGAUGUACACUCAGCAUAUACGAAACGCCGCUACAAACAUGUCACGAGCAAAGUGCGUGAAUAUAUAAACAAUCUUAAAACUGAAGAUCAGACGCGUCAAAACUUAAAUAAAUUAAAGAGGCACUGUUCAGUACCUGAAACAUCAGUUUUACUUGAUGCAACUACCCAAAUAGCCGCAGCCACAGGUACACGAGGUGGCAUUAUGAGUUACAGUGCUGGCGAAUUACACAAAUCAGACGAAAGUAAUCUUCGCAUUACUCAUUCUUUAGAAACUUCAACUGGGAUUGCAUCGGGAUCGAGACCAUCAUCUUCCGAAGGUCAGCAUGAUUCCAGUGACGACGCCGCUAUCGACAGAAAUUAUACUGAUUAUUUAACUAGUGAAAACGAGCGGUUACAAUCAUAUAACGAAUAUCAGCGGACAAAACUGCAUGAAAAAAAUGGUGAAAUAAUACGUCUACGCCAAAGUGUUGAUUUUUUACGAUUUGAAUUGAAUAAAUGUGAAGACAAGCUUAGAAAGCGUGAUGAUAGGUUAGGCAGUAAAGGCGCACUUCAUACAUUGAUUCAGCAGUCGUUACAUACAAUACCACUUUAUGAUUACACUGACACAAAAAGUAAUAAAGCAAUACAGACUGAUUUCAUGGUACCACAUACACCGCAAAACACGCCCAUUAGUAUUCUUAUUACACCUGACACGCCUGAUACCAGUAGAAAUACUAACGAAACACUCGAUGAAAACGAUAAUGUUUGUUUAGAAAAUGUGAAUCCGAAUAGAAAGAGAAAAAGACGUUACUUACGUCGACGCUGGCUCCAAUUGUUCAUCCCCUGUACGAGGUGCAAUAACCCAAAUCAAAGUGAGGAUAGCAUCAUACAGCAGACAUUUGCACAGAUACCGCUUUUGGAAAAAAGCUUCGAACCCUGCGGCAAUAUGCGUUAAUACCCAUUUAACCUGAAAUGUGCUUCGGUGGUGGCCAGAAACCACUAAAAAUGUUUUAGCAAUUUUUGUCAUAUUGCAAAGAUUAAAUUAUAAGCAUUUUUUGUUUUCCUAUAUUAGUUAUUAUUUUGUUUUGUUUUUUCUUCGGUGAUCGGUACGGUUCUAUUGUGAAAAAAGUGCGUGUCAUAUGAAAAUGUUAUUUUUUUAGUAUAAUUAUUUAA